GCUAUUUGAUCACCAUUGGAACCUUCCCAGCCAUCUUUUGACAAGCAAGUCAAUGGGGGAAACCGGAUUUGUUUAAUAGCUGUGGCAGAAAAGGAUUCAUUCCUACUACUGGAAAAGAAAACUUCUAACUUCUAUCAAGACGAAGCUCCAACUAACAUGGAAAGGAGACUUCUGUGUGCUAUAACCAAGGAGGUGGAUAAAACAGUGGAUGUCUGCUUCUUGGGCCAGGAGGAUUUAAUCAGAAUCAGCAAGGAGAGACAUAUACCAGAAGAUUCAAAACCAAUGGAAUUAUAUGGCAAGUCAGCCUAUAAAGGAAAAGAUUGUGGCUUCCAGAACUGGGAGUGGUCAAAGACCUUAGCAAGCCAAGAAAGAACAAAAAAUGCCCCAGGAGAGAAACCAAAUAAAGCCAUUCCCUGCAGAGAAGGGAGCCCAGUUCCUUGUGCAACUAGUGUCCAGUUGAGAACUGACACUGAUAAUGGAUGGAAGAGUGAAAAUGAUGGGAAACAAUUGGAAAGAGUCAAAUCUGAGGAGCUGAAAGAAAAUUUUUGGAAUCAAAGUAGACCAACGGGAGAAGAAGGAAGUUUUGUGGAGAAAAGAGGUGAUAAAUCUAUUACUUCUCAAGUUAGAAGUUUCAGUGAAACCCCAGUUCAGCCUAGCAGCCAAACAGAUAAGAGAUGUAACCAUUGUCUGAAUAUUCACCAGUUAAUCCACGUGGAGGGGAAGUCAAAUAAAAACUUCAAAUUUGGGAAGAGUGUGAAUUGGAACCAAAACCUGGCUGAUGGCCAAGCAUUUCUGGAAGACAAGAAAUUCUAUAAAUGUUCGGAGUGUGGGAAGGGCUUCAGUUGCAGCUCAAGCCUCCCUGCGCAUCAGAGAAUUCACAGAGGGGAGAAGCCGUACAAAUGCUUAGAGUGUGGGAAGAGCUUCAAUUCAAGCACAAGCCUUUCUUCCCAUCAAAGGACACACACCGGGGAGAGACCCUUCAGCUGCCUGGACUGUGGCCUGAGCUUCAGGGACCAUUCAGGCCUUAUCAAACAUAAGCGAAUUCACACUGGGGAAAAACCCUACCAUUGCUCAGACUGUGGCUUGAGCGUUAGCACUCAGUCAAGCUUGGUUAGACAUCAGAGAGUCCAUACAGGAGAGAAACCGUAUCGGUGCACAGAAUGCGGGAAAUACUUCGGUCAGAGCACGGACCUUGCUUCCCAUAGAAGAACCCACACUGGGGAGAAACCCUAUAAAUGCUUAGAGUGUGGGAAAAGCUUCAGCCGAAGCACAAGCCUGACUUUGCAUCAGAGAAUCCACACUGGGGAGAGGCCCUACACCUGCUUAGACUGCAACAAGAGCUUCUCUGAUCAGUCAAGCUUUAUUAAGCACGAGAGAAGCCACACAGGAGAGAAGCCCUACAAAUGCCUGGAGUGUGGGAAGAACUUCAGUCGGAGCACAAGCCUUUCUUCCCAUCAAAGGACACACACCGGAGAGAGACCCUUCAGCUGCUUGGAUUGUGGCCUGAGCUUCCGGGACCAUUCAAGCCUUGUGAAACAUAAGCGAAUUCACACUGGGGAGAAGACGUACAGCUGCUCAGACUGUGGCCUGAGUUUUACCACUCAGUCCAGCUUGGUUAGGCAUCACAGAAUCCAUACAGGAGAGAAACCAUAUCCUUGCUUGGAGUGCGGGAAGUACUUUGGACAGAGCACAGAUCUUGUUUCGCAUAGAAGGAUUCACACAGGGGAGAAGCCCUAUAAAUGCUUAGAGUGUGGGAAGAGCUUCAGUCGAAACACAAGCCUAACUUUACAUCAGAGAAUACACACCCGGGAGAGACAAUAGAGAUCACAAUAGGAAAAGCUUUUGUUUUGUCAAGCAGAAAACCUAUGUAGAGAAGAAGUCAUAUUUAUAUGUGCAGAAAGAUCUUCAGAGAACAAGCAUUACUUCAAAGUAUUAACUUGGACUUUUCAUCAACCUAUGUAGUCUUCAUUUACUUAAUUGUAUUUUUGAAGGUAGCCAUACGAAAGUUAUUUUCUUGAUACUCAUUCUCUUAAGAAGUCUCUGCUGUGGUCAUUCAAAUAUAGAUUAGAAAUAGAUUGGUGAUUCUAAGGCAUUGUUUAAAUUGAAAAGUAUGAGUAAUCAAAUUUUACAUUGCUUGCAAAGAACGUUCUUUUUGAACAAAAAGUAGACAGAGUAUAUACCUGUAAGAAAUUUUUGAACAUUUUCAGAGCAGCCAUCUAAAUUUAAUAAAAUAAUUGUGUAGCAUAAAACAAACAAUGCUGUUUCCCUGGCAGUGCCAGUCAUAGUUUUUACGAGAAGAGAAUGGAAUUAGUUUGAUAAUCUACAGAAAGGAGAGCAGCACCCAAUUGCAAGAGAGGGGAAAGCUUUAAUAUAUUAAACCUUUAAAGGUCUGCAAUUGAUUACUGGGAAUUUUUAAUACAUUCCUGGAGAUAAGCUGCGGUACAUAAUGGGACUUAACCUCUGAGUAGGUUUGCAUAGAAUUGUGCUGUAAGCCAAUAAAAGGUCAAAGUGGAAAUGCAGAUGAUUGAAAUUUGACUGAAUAUGUUUGACAAGGUCUGUUCUAAGUUGGGGCAAGGGCAGAAGGGAAAAAGAAACACCAGCAAUUAACCAAAGGAUAAGCAAGUAAAAUGCAAAAGGGAGCUUCUGAGAUAAGGGAGAUCUUGAGGAAAAAAGUUGGAACUUUAAAUUGCCUACUACAUACUUAUUUAGGUCAGUAAAUUAGAUAGUCCUUAAUCAGCAAUCACAGUUGAGACCAGCAACUCAGUCAUUAAAUAAAGUGGUCACUAAAUGAGAUGACUGCUAAUGAUCUUACAUCAGCUUUCCUUUGCUUUACAGACCUGUGAGGAUCAUAAACUUGAGGACUGGUCUCAAAAUUACUUUUUCAUCACUGUCAUAACUGAACAGUUACUAAAUGAGAACUGCCUCCGAUGUCAAAAUAUGCAAUAGCUGUAAAGGGAAAGUCAUAAAUUUCAUAAAAGAUGUAAAGUACAGGCAUUAGCAGAGUGAAAGGUUAGAUUCCUUGUUGAAUAAUAAUAUUGCUGAAAUUGUGUGACUUCUUAAGAUGAAACAGAGCAGUUAGGAAAUUGAGCAUGUUUCUUAUGAGGUUGUUUCAUUCUGGAUUAUUUAUUUAAUGUAACUUAAAUCAUUGAUUUAAAAAGAAU